AUGGGUGAUUAUUCUCGGUGUGGUCGACCCGUGGAGGCCACCACAGCGGACAACAUUGCAGCUGUGGAAGCGAUGGUGGAAGAGGAUGCGCGGAACGCCGCUGGAACGGGUCGCGCGAGUAAGGCGAACACAAAGAAAGCUACCGCUCAACCAAAUGCAAUUACCCCGUCAUCUACUCCCGACCCUUACGCGUUGAACCACCGUCUGCAGCCCCCAAGCGCUUCAUCCCUAGUCCGGCAAAAGCCACCAAAUUGGAAUAUGAACCUAUGUCCCACGAACACCUUUCCCUCAGGUGGGAUGAUGUCGCCAACCGGGGGAAUGCCUGUAGGUGGGUGUGAAGUUCGUACCGGUUGUGGAUCUCCCUUGUCCUUCUCAUCUGUUUCGGGUGCAAACGGUCUUCUCAUGCGACCCAACUCCAGGCCGAACGUAUCUGUGGCUAACUAUGGUGGAGGUAAUACGAAUAAUUCAAUGAUGCCUGUUCCGUCCCCGAAUGAUCCGAAUGCUCGAUUGUCCGCAUCCCCACGUCAACCGCCUUAUGGUAUGCAACCGGUACCAGGUAGUCAGUCACAGCAGCCGCAACCUCAGCAGCAGCAGCAACAACAACAACAGUACUUUCCUCCAGGGACUACAGGUCCUCCGGUAUCAUCUCCAAGCUUUUAUGUGACUGGACCCGCUGCAAACAACUUCCUCACACAUCAACAACCACCCAUGCAGCAACGCACCCCGCCGGGGUCUACGAUGUCCUACACAAAUACUGUCCCAGCUGGACGCCCUCAACAGAAUACUAUGCACUUUCAGCAACAUCCUAUGCCCCAACCUACAGGAUCCUAUUCUACAGGACCCUUAGGGAGACCUGUAUGCGGUCAACCCAGCGCAGGGUAUCCCAAUACUGCUCCGGUACCUGAAGGAACUCCUGCCACAUUAGGUCGCUUAGCAAGCCCCGGACCCAUUGCCAUUCCCAGUUCAACUGGAGAUACCGACCGGUUGGUUUGUCCAAUCACGAAUGGCAUGGUUUGGGGACCGACACAAAUUCAGCUGACGGAUGUAAUGCAACAGUUUCUCCCGGACGGUGUUUAUGUGCGUCGCUUCGAAUUCGAUCUGACUGCCAAUCACCUGCAAACAAUCGUUGGUCGAACCGAUCUGGACAUUGUUGUUUGCAGUCACCUUGUAUCCGAACCGCUUCAAGUAUGUCACUGGCCAUCAGAUGCUGUGCAAAUCCGAUUCAAUGAAUACCUGCUUCGAUUGGAUCGUAGCUCCGUUCAUGGUGGCCAGUCGGCUCACAAAGUCGCAUGCGUAAAGCAGCUUUGUCGUCCCGGACGAAACCAAUUAGAAAUCGCCAUAGUCGGAUUGGGCGAGGAUCCAAAUCAACCAAGUACUAUGUCGAAGCGCCGUGCCGCUUCAUCAACACUUGAGACUGUGGCUUCCACCGCAGAUUCGCGAGAGGGUUGA